UCAACAACUGGCAGAUAUUGUUUGGAAGUUGUUUUCCUCCAUACGUUUUGCUUGAAUUCGCCGGGAAUCAGUGAAUCGUUCCCAUAACAAAUGCAUCGGAAAAGUUGCAUCACUCAAUCAAAAGUUGCAAAAAGCGAAGGUGAACGAAAAUCAAAUCAACCCAAAACAUUCCGCUCGAAACGUUGACUCGUGCAGUGAUCCGAGAUAGGAAAAAUAAACGGGAAAAAAAUGUAAAAAGCAUCUCCGGCGAAAGUUUUUCGGCUCCCGGGAUCCAUCAUCCACGUGGUUUGUUGGAAAUCAACUUGCCCCCGGAGGAAGACGAACGCAGAAGAAGUAGUAGAAAGAAAAAAUCCCCAAAAAUCCCAAACGUGGAUCCUGGAGCAAGGAAGAAUGAACUUUUGUGGCUGGCUAAAAAUAUUCAAACGUAAAAAUGCCAUCAAGGGAAUCGACGACGAUGAAGAUGGUGCUACAACUGAAAGUGUGGAAGAAAGCGGGGCCGGAGUUUUGGCAAAGAUAACUGGAAAGCGGAAGGGGAAAAAGAAAAACAGGACUUCGUCUGCCGAGGGGCAAGGGAGUCGGAAAAGUAGCGGCAAAUCGAGGGAAACCGUGGCCAUGGCCGAGGAAGAAGAUGGUGCUGAAGGUCGCAAGCAAAAUGGUGAGAAAAAUGGGAAAAAUUUCCCGGCCCAAUCGACGGCGGCCGACAAAAACAAAACGGAAAGUAGUGCUAAAAGCGGGAAAAGAAGUAAAUCGAGCGGCCAAAAUGCUUCCGGCAAGGCGAAUGCUGAAGGCAACCCACGGAACAAGACCGCCCUGAAGCCGGGUCACUCGCUGAUGGACUGGAUCCGUUUGGGCAACUCGGGCGUUGAUUUGACCGGAGUCGGUGGCAAAGUGAGGCCGGUGAGCCACGCGGAGCUGGCCCAGCACAACAAACCGGGCGACACGUGGAUGGCCAUCCGCGGCAAGGUGUACAACGUUUCCGGCUAUCUGGACUUCCACCCGGGAGGUGCCGACGAGCUGAUGCGUGGCGCCGGAAAAGAUGCUACCAAGCUGUUCGACGAAGUUCACGCCUGGGUCAACUACGAAUCCUUGCUGGCCAAGUGUUUCGUGGGACCCCUCCGAAAUACCGCCACCCUAAACCUUAGCGCUUCGAACAGCAGCGGCAGCAUGCCACCACCAACUUCAACGUUUUUGAAGCCACCAUCACCAGCCACUCCUCCCGGUGGAAGUGCGAAACCCGUUGUUGGGGAAAGUAGUGGCACUCCUAAGGUCAUGUCCGCUAGUUCGGUGGUCAGCAGUUCCAGUGAGGAAUCAACCAGUAGGAUCAUUCCCAUCGUGCCUCGCUUCGACUGGAUCCAGAAGACGGCGGAAGUGACGUUCAUCUUUUACACCCGAGCGCUCUGCAAUCCGGCCAUUGUGAUAGAGUUUAUCAAUAAUUUAGAGUUUAUCGUGCGUUUCUUUCUGGAAGGGAACGUCCUGCAUCGGUACAAGUUCCAAGUGGCCAACAACGUGCAGUGGCCGUGCACCGUGAGGCAAUCGCUGGAGGCUGGAAAGGUAGAAAUUGUGUUCAACAAACUGCUUCCGGGACUAUGGACGAUUUUUGGGCAGAUGGAGCACGAACGGAAGGAGAACUACGAGAUGGAGUUGAACGAGUAUGAUGUCGCGACGAGAAUCGAGAUCACGCACGAUUCCUGCGCUUUGCUGCUUCGACCGAAGAACAACUCAAUCCUUCAGGUGACUCCCAUAGGUCAUCACUUAACUGUGACGGGGAACGUUGGUGGAGAGUUCCUGACUCGAAGUUACACCCCGGUUCCCGGAAAUGCGAUCCCCACCGAAUGUCCGGCCACUUUCGUCCCGCUGCUGGUCAAAGCCUAUCCUACCGGGGGUCUUUCCCAGCACAUCUCGAAACCGGUCCCGCUGGCCACGUCCCUGCAGCUGUCCCAACCGAGUGGGAACUUCUCGCUCGCUAAAAUCAAGUACCACAACCGCAUUGCCUUACUAGCCGCUGGAAGCGGACUCACACCGAUGCUAGCCUUACUCAACUAUCUGCUGGACAGGAGUAGUAACAAGAUGGAGUCUAUUAGUCUGGUGUAUUUCAACAAAACCGAGGCGGAUAUCUGGUGCCGAGAGCUGCUCGAUAAUUUAUGUGAAAAGGAUGCAAGACUGACGGUGCGACACUACCUAUCGGACACGGAACCACCUAGCCCGAGAAACGUCGUCGUUAUCCUCCCAGGAAAGGACCAAACCGAACUACCAACGACAACUAACCCUACCAAGAGGGAUGAAGAGGAAGAGCAAAGCAAUCAAGAAGCGGCGAAAAAAACAACAACGUCGUCGUCGUCGUCGAAUGUCACCUCUACGGCGGAGCCAACAAAACCCGUUCCAAAGUCGGUGGCGGUGGCUCCCCUGGAACGCGGCCGGAUCUCGCUGGACAUUGCCCGGCAACUGACCAACGUCGAUUCGCCACUGCAUGCCACCUACGUGUGUCUCUGUGGUCCAAAACCCUUCAACGAGCUCAGCUGCCAGUAUCUGGAGCAAGCUGGCCACAACAUGGGCCACGUGCACAGCUUCCAGGGUUAGAAGGUGCAGGAGGAGGAAAAGGUCCAGGUCCAUUUCACGGGUGAUUCGCGGUUUCCAACCUUCUGGUGCAGGUUACCAAGGAGCCAUUGACAAGCAAGAACUGUAAAAAAUGAUUACCUAUUGAGUUUGCCGCCAGCAAAGAAGAACGUGUCCACCCUCGAGCAUUCUUAAGUUAUUAUCGAAUCCGUUCGUUCAUCGCGUGAUUAUGAAAUUAAAAAUUGUACCGAAGCUGGGAAAAAUUUCAAGCAAACAUCCUUUCGAACGGAAUGGACACUUUAUAUCCGAAACAAAAAAAAAAACGGAAAAACAAUCCAUAAGAAGCACACGGGAACGUCGCUUUAGAUGUUUGAUGGAAAGCACCUUCUAUGUGAUUAGGGACCCCAUUAGUUUUUUUUGUCAUACUUAAUAGUAGGGAAGAAAACGAAAGUGUUUUUUCGUCUUGUACAACCCAUUUAUUAGUUUACUUUAAGUUGCCUCCUCCCGAAAGCAGUAAGAUCGAACUAACGCACCCAUUAGCUGUAUCAAUAUUGGUUUCGACGUUUUUUUGUAAUUUAACUUCUCAUCACCUGUACAGUCUAGUUUGAGGCGUUGCCGACAGUUCCGAGACUAAUUUGAUUACUCAAUGAUUAGAUACUUUGUACCGAUAUGCAGAUGGAACUAUUGACACUCGCUUCUUGGUAGAGACAACACACAGCACAGUAAUAGAUAAUUGCAACUUUCUAGUAAUUCGAUGGUUUACCUCGUUGUGCGACCUGAAACAGCAGCAGAUUGUAUACAACUUAUUAGUUUGUUAUUCUUUGAAAUACAAAGAAAAGAUUUUUGUGAAGAAAAAAAACAAGGUUCUUAAGAACCUACCUACGGUUUUUUGUAAAUAAAAAAAAUGUUUUUUUUUUCAUGAACGGAAAUUUCAAAAAAAAAACAAAACAUUCAAAACAACAAUCAGUAGGAAGCCGAAAAAACUCACCUUAAAACAUGUGAAUCCACAAAAAACUGUAAACAUGUGAUGUUAAUACAUAUUGCGGGUAGCCAUCUAAUGUAACAGUUAAGUAAGCAAGUAGGUAUUAGUUUCGCAAUCAGAAAUGUCAACCACGCUAACAAAUGUCAUCUUUGUACACUGUUUGUUUGUAAAAAAGAAGUUAGAUUAAUCGGAAUGAAGUUAUGGAUAAAAUAUUUUGGAUAUAUCAUCAGUUGAAAACUUAGAAUACAAAAUCUAUAUCACACAACUCGUUUAUGAUAACGAUGAACGAUGAAAUUCGAAAAUAAAAAGGAUAUUUAUUUAGAACUUUAUUACAUA